AUGCCUCUUAAUGUGACAUCUAGUCUGGCCAACAAGGAAUCUCUUACCCACUUCACCUCCUCUUCUCCUCUGGCUGGAAGUUCUCACAAUAGACCCCACCUCAAGCAGUGUGAAUUGCUGCCACUUACACGUCGGCAGAGGAGGCUCUGUAGAAAGGAACCAGGGCUGGCAGAGGUACUGAGGGAGGCAGUGCGCCUGAGCAUUGUGGAGUGUCAAUACCAGCUGAGGAGUGAGCGCUGGAACUGCAGCCUGCAGGGAAGAGGAAGCCUCUUGAAGAGAGGAUUUAAGGAGACAGCGUUCUUGUAUGCUGUGUCUGCCGCCUCCCUGACACACACUCUAGCUAAGGCAUGCAGUGGAGGGAGGAUGGAGCGAUGUACCUGUGAUGACUCCGCUGGACUUGAGAGCCAGCGUGCCUGGCAAUGGGGAGUAUGUGGUGACAACCUGAGACAUAGCAUUCGCUUCUUGCAGAGUUUCCUGCGUCAGAAGAGAGGAGGCAGGGACACGCGGGCCAAAGUGGAUCUGCAUAACACUAAUGCUGGCAUUAAGGCAGUGAAAAUUGGUUUAAAAACCACUUGCAAGUGUCAUGGAGUGUCUGGUUCAUGUGCUGUCCGUACGUGCUGGAAGCAGCUCUCCCCAUUUCAUGAGACAGGAGCUCUACUUAAGGCCAAAUAUGAUAACGCUGUUAAGGUCCUUGGUGCUACCAACGAGGCAGUGGGAGGUCAUGAGAUGGGGAACUUUGCUAUGUUGGGACAUUCCUAUGCUGGGCGCAAUCCUCGGUCUGGUGAUCUUGUCUAUUUGGAUGAAUCUCCCAGCUUCUGCCGACCCAGUCGUUUCUCUCCUGGCACUGCAGGGCGACCCUGCACUCGUGAAACCACAUGUGACAGUUUGUGCUGUGGGAGAGGUUACAACACACAGAGCCGUCUUGUCACCUUUUCUUGUCACUGCCAAGUGCACUGGUGCUGCCAUGUGGAGUGUCAGAAAUGUGUACAACAGCAAGAUGCAUAUACCUGCAAACAGUGA